AUGGAAAUAAACCUAGAAUUGUUUGAUAAAAUAUGCCGAGUCUGCCUAAUACAAUCUGUCGAAUUGAAAUCCCUGUUUACAAAUAUAGACGGUGACGGUCGGAACUUACUUGAAAUACUAGCUUUUACGGCGAAUAUUGAUGUUAAAAUUGAAGACAGCCUGCCAAAACAGGUGUGUAGGGCUUGCGAAUCUAUUAUGUGUAAGGCAGACGCAUUCAAACGUCGUUGCCUUGAGUCUGAGACCAUUUUGCAUAAUGUUUACCGCAAUACAAACGAAGUCACGGAGAAAACAAAAUGCAUUCAAAACUAUUCAAUUAAGGAUGAAAAGACAGAUUUAAAAGAGAAAUUAUGUGAAUAUAGUACUCUUGUAUCUCCAACUCCUUCAAAUAGCGGCUCGCACUAUGAUUUAAAUAAGAAAAACAUAGAUUUUCCAAUAUGUUCAACAACAGGUCUUAGUCUCAACAAAUUUAGCCAAGAAUUCUCUGAUAAAGGAGAGCAAACAGUUAAGAAAGAAACACUAAGUAUUAUUGAAGAAGAGAAUCAGUAUUUGGACCAUUUUGAUGAUGAUCAUUUUGACAGUAUUCCUUUAGAUAGUCUUAAGAAAAACCAAGAAGUGAAAACGGUGAACAAAAAAAUAGGUGAAAAGCCUUUUUUAUGUUCCCAGUGUGGAAAGGGCUUUAGUCAGAAGACCAAUUUAGCUCAACACACGAGAAGACAUCAGGGUUUAAAACCCUUUAAAUGUGAAAGUUGCGAAAAAAGAUUCGUCUCCAAAGGCGAGUUAGAUGCUCACACCCGCAAACACAGCGGCGCACACCCAUUCGUCUGUGAUGAUUGUGGGAACGGUUUCACAACUUCAAGUGCUUUAGUCAAACAUCGAAGGAUCCACACCGGAGAGCGUCCUUACCAAUGUGAUCUGUGCCCCAUGAGAUUUGCAGCAUCCGGUACUUUGAAGAAUCACAGAAGGACUCACACCGGCGAGAGACCUUUCCAAUGUUCAUACUGUGAGAAGGCGUUUGUUCAAAGAAAUGAUUUGAUAUCUCAUAUUAGGUGCCAUACUGGCGAGAGGCCAUAUAUCUGUAAUCAAUGUGGACAGUCUUUUAGAAAAGCCAGCGGGUUGAAAGCUCAUGUUAAAAUGCAUAUUAAGAACCCAAUAGUAGGAGUGAAUGCGAUAUUAACUAGCAUGCACUGUAUGGAGCAGUGA